AAGGUUGUGAGAAGGGUGCACUGAGUGAUGGCGGAACAUUUUUUACGUAGAAAAUGUCCAAUAACCGAAGGCGUAUCAAGAGCUCAAGAAUACAGACAAUUAUAGAAAUAUGCAAGCAAAAUCAAGAUCGAAAUACCGACGACAAGGCGCCGGCGGUUUUAAUUCCGGACGCCGAGAAGUCCAAUGUGCAGCUUCCAACCAGCAGUAAGUUCAACCAAUUUGCAACUGAAACAGAACUGGUCAACUCAAUCUAUAGCAUAGAACAAACUCGAACUUCAUCCUUAUUUCAAGACUUUUCUGAAACUGAAACCUCUCAGAAUUGUUUACCAAACUUGGCGACAUCGACCGAUUUCGAUUUACUUUUUGAGCCCAACAAUGCAUCAAUUUUAAAAAUUCCGUUCACUUCAGUUACUGAAACAGAGAAUAACAUUGAAUUAAAUGACAUUGAAGUCACAGAAAUAAUGGGACUCAUGAGUUCUAACUCUGAUAUCGUUCCUGACAGACAUUCAUCGAAUUCAAUUAUAUCAAUUGAUCAAACAGACCCACUCAAAGAUUACUCCUUUACCCGACAGACGAACGCCUCUCAACUUGAUUUUUUUUCGUCGGACGAUUCUGUCAAAGAUGCUAAUUAUAGCCCAGAUACUACGGACAGUGACGACUCAGAAAAAGAAAACUUUACUCAAUACGAUGAAUCAGGAAUCCGACGAAACUGGAAUACGACGAAACAGGAAUACGACGAACCUGGAACAAUCCCUAAUCCUGACCCGAUCCCAUUGUAUCGGGAACAACGCGAUGUAGGAAAUGAGCGUUCAACGUACAGCGACAUCUAA